AUGGCAUCAGAGCACACUGCCUUCGGAGGAAUAGGAUGCUGCAAAGAAGAAGAAGAAGAAGGGGUUCUUUUGCGGUCUAGUGUUGCUUUGUGGAGCGUCGGUCAAGGACGACGUCAGGUGUGGGCCAGCGUUGUUCGGGGCGCGGAGCCCUCCACAGCAGGGCCACCGCAGGGAGCACACAAACAAAGGUCCAGUGCGAAGAAGAAGAAGGGGUUCUUUUGCGGUCUAGUGUUGCUUUGUGGAGCGUCGGUCAAGGACGACGUCAGGUGUGGGCCAGCGUUGUUGCCCCGCGCCUCGGGAGGUGUCGUCCCGGUGGCGUCCCUCGGGUUCGGCAUCAAAGAGCCGCUGUUGGGGAUUCUCGAUGACCGAGGGACGACCGGCGAUGAUUAUUAUUCCCUGGUGAAAGAAGCUUUAGCGCGUGUAGGAGUGCAUUUGAUGGAACGCUGGAUUUUUAUUUUUAAUUUUUUUGCUGGGCCCAGAUUUCGACUCGACAACACAGACCACAUCAUCGACGUGAACCGAGGCAAUGUUCCUUUCGAGUACGACCAAGUCAACAUUGUUUGUCCGUCGUUCAAUGAAGGAGCUCCUGGAGCUCAUUCGGCGGAAAAAUACGUCAUAUAUUUAGUGUCGAAAGAAGAGUACGACACGUGCAGGAUAACGAACCCGAAGCCCCGGAUCAUCGCUGUUUGCGAUCGGCCCGACCGACUGCUUUACUUCACCAUCACAUUCCGAUCUUUCACUCCGCAGCCCGGAGGACUGGAAUUCCGACCAGGGCAUGACUACUACUUCAUCUCCACGUCGAGUCGAGAAGAUUUGCAUCGACGUGUCGGCGGUCAUUGCAAAAGCCACAACAUGAAAGUCGUUUUCAAAGUGUGCUGCAAAAGUGAAGACGGAAAUGACGACGAAAUUGAA